AUGCGACAAUUAACGAAUUACGGGAGUGCGCACGAGGCAGCAAGCCCUCAGCAGCCGGGCUGGGCUCCGGCUCCUGCUCGGCCUGGGGCUGAGGACUCCGCGGCCGCGGCCCCCGUCACAGGUGUCUCUAGAGCUUUGGGCCCUGGCGGCCCCUCGAGCCCCCGAGGGGCCCGGGGCCCGCCCAGCUCCUUCCCGGCCCUCUGCAACAACAGCUCCAGUCCGGAGACCCGCUGGCUGUCACGUUCCCAGGAGUCAAGACUUUCUAGGGGCCCGGGCGGGGGGGGGGAGGAGGAAUUCUGCCCAGACUCUGCAGCAGUUGGUAGCAGGCAAGCUUUCUCCUGGGUGUCGCCUGGAAAAGUUGCAAAAUUGUUCUUCAUCUGUAAGAACAUGCUCUUUAUCUUCCAGUCUCUUCUUGUCAAUUUGGAAAUUGCAGACAGUCCGGCUCAGACUUACCUGUGCGUAUAUUAGAAGUCUUCCUGGUGCCAGGAAUCAACAGAGUUGAGUAACGAAGAACUAAUUUAAUCAGCUAAUUUGGAGAAACUAAGUCUUACAAUUAUUAUUUAGUUCAUCAAAACAUGUAAAUCUCAAUGACAACAAUGAAAUACGUGACAACUCUUUUUUUUUUUUUUUUUUUUUUUUUACCAGAAAAGUAAAUUUGAAAUUGUAUUUUAGGGCUAUGAAAAUUUUACUUGAGAUUGAACACAGUAAACAUCAGAUGACUUUUAUAUUAUUUAAGAAAUAGAAGUGUGAAUUAAAUAGUAUUCACCAUAAGCACUUGUUUUAACUUCUUAAUGUUCUGUUACGUAACAUUUUGUUACCUAGGAUUUCACUAAUUAGUGUUUCUACAUAUGUAUAGUACAAUGAUAAUUGAUGUUAUAAUUGAUCAGUCACAAUGAUUUUGAGUCAUUGAGUGAUCUUUUCAUCAAAGAUUUAGUUGUACACAAAUCUAGUUUUACUUGAUAUUUGUUUUUAAUUAUUAUUUUAUAAGAAUUGGCAAUCUAUUAGAAAACCAUUAGCUAGAGUAUUUGAAUUAUAUCCAUCUCCUCCUAUCAUGUAAGGUAAUAUAAUUUAUUUUCUUUGCUCCAGUAGACACCUAGGACAUUUGAAACCUUGGGCAGAUCAUUUUUUCACACUUCCUUUGUCUUAUAUCACAAAAUUAUUUUCUGUAAAAUUCAUAAAAUGAAACCAAUAAUAAUAUUGUCUAAAAAAGAAAUGUAAACCAUGAAUAUUUUCUUUUGCUGAACUUUAAAUUUAUAAUUGUUCAGGUAAAGGAAAAAUAAAGAAUUCUAAAUAAAUAGAGAUUAUAGUACAAAAAAUGGAAAAAAUGAAUUAAUAGUCUUUAAGUAUAGUAAUGCAUUUUUUUGAGAAAAGGGAAAAAUAUUAUAUCUACAUAUCAGUCUGUUGCAGUAAUAAAUAAUAUUAUAAUUUCUGCUUUU